AUGAUCUAUUGGUUACGGGUGAUUGAUCUCGUCGUCGGUUUUUGCUGUUUCUUAACUCUGAUCGGAGCGUCUGAGCCGAGAGAUUAUGGGAAAUCUUCGAAGGAGGUACAAAUACUGGACGAAGACAUUAUUGAGCUGCCCGCGGGGCAGUUCCCUGGACCUGAUUGCCAGUAUAAAGUGCACUUGGGUGAUCGAUUGGGACCUGUUUUAACAAGACAAGUACACAUCGGUGAACCUGUCUACCAUCGAUGGUCAUGCAAUUAUGGUUCUCGUCAUGCGCCGAUGUACUGUAUGAUGGUUUACAAUUGCACUGUAUCGACAACCACAGCCAUUCAUGCUCAGACUGUGCCUAUCAUUGAUGAAUUCGGAUGUUCCCUAUUCCCAACUCUAAUCCCACACCCAUCAUAUUUGGGUGAUCUGGAAGCUGGUCUGAAAUCAACUGCCUUCUCCCUGGAUAUUGAUGAGCCAGCCGUUACCUUCAAUUGUGGUCUGAAGCUGCUGUUGAAGCUGGAAGGAUGGUGCCGACGGCCACAAUGCAUCCCAGAGGAUUGGUUCAAACGACGGCGAGGCAACGGUGUUCGUGAGGAUGAGAGGCGAACACAAACUCAUCGUUUCGUCUUCAAACGAUAG